GUGGCGCUGCGCUCCCAGAGCGCGAUGGCCGGGCGGUGGGGUGCGCCGGGAGGGACCCCGAGGGGCAAUGGCAGCACGCUGCUCAAUGCCUCUCAGGGGGCGCCGGGCAGUGGGGAGAGCGCGGGGCCGCGACCCUCGUGGGUGGCCUGCACGCUUGCCUUCAUCCUCAUCUUCACCAUCGUGGUGGACGUCCUGGGCAACCUCCUGGUCAUCCUCUCCGUGUGCUGGAACAAGAAGCUGAGGAACGCAGGAAAUAUAUUUGUGGUGAGCCUUGCAGUUGCAGACCUGGUGGUGGCUGUUUACCCAUACCCCUUGGUGCUGACAUCUAUAUUUAACAAUGGAUGGAAUCUGGGCUAUUUGCACUGCCAAAUCAGUGGCUUCCUGAUGGGUCUCAGUGUCAUUGCCUCCAUAUUCAAUAUCACUGGAAUUGCCAUUAACCGUUACUGCUACAUCUGCCACAGUCUCAAGUAUGACAAGCUGUACAGUAACAAGAAUUCCCUCUGCCACGUGUUCCUGAUAUGGAUGCUGACGCUCGUGGCAGUCAUGCCCAAUUUGCAUACCGGAACCCUGCAGUAUGACCCAAGGAUCUACUCCUGCACCUUUGCACAGUCUAUCAGUUCAGCAUACACCAUAGCCGUAGUGGUUUUCCAUUUCAUAGUUCCUAUGACCAUAGUCAUCUUCUGUUACCUAAGAAUAUGGAUCCUGGUUCUUCAGGUCAGAUGGAGGGUGAAACCUGACAAUAAACCCAAAAUGAAACCACAGGACUUCAGGAAUUUUGUCACCAUGUUUGUGGUUUUUGUCCUUUUUGCCAUUUGUUGGGCUCCUCUCAACUUUAUUGGUCUCGCUGUGGCUUCAGACCCUGUCAGCAUGGAGCCCAGGAUCCCAGAGUGGCUAUUUGUGGCCAGUUACUAUAUGGCAUAUUUCAACAGCUGCCUCAAUGCAAUUAUAUAUGGACUACUGAACCAAAAUUUCAGAAAGGAAUACAGAAGGAUUAUAGUCUCACUGUGUACAGCCAGAAUAUUCUUUGUGGAUAGUUCGAAUGAUGUAGCACAUAGGGUUAAGUGCAAACCCUCUCCAUUAAUGACCAACAAUAACCUAAUAAAAGUGGACUCUGUUUAAAAUACAAAGCACUGCUGGCAAGAUAUACACACACUGCUUAAGGUCUUACUCAUUUUCAUGUUUGCGUCCUUCUUGACAGAUGCCUAGAAACACAGCAUAGUUGAGAAAACUUGCACUUCUAAGAGGUUGCCUCUAGUUUAUGAGCUCAUAUGCUAUCAGCCUUUUGAAUAGGUCUCUAAUUCUGCUUAUGAAAAGAAAUACAGAACAUAUAGAGAGUUACAUGUUAAUUCAAGAAUAUGGUUCAGGG